AUGUCACGACUUCUGCCAUCAAGAUCUCUCUUUCCUUCCCGUCGCUUCUUCUCACAAACGACUUGUCGAACAGCAUUUGCAGCUGGCCCUUCGCCACCACGUCUGCCAUUAAAGGAACAGGAAGAAUUCGAACGUCUACAGCGAUCCUCUACUGGUGCUUUUAGUACCCCAAAGCCCGAAGUCGUCAUCAAUACCUUAAAGUCUUCAUCGCGAGCAAAACCUCAAAUAAAUCAAUCACCCGCCACCACUGCUGCCGAAAAGGAGGAUAUAGAGUUAGCUGCGGUUAAUGCUAGGGUAUCUGCUACAGGAAAGGGAGAGGAAUUACAUCCGGAUAUUCGAAGAGGUGCAAAGCCAGAGUUUGAAGGCGAUAUCAAUCCGAAUACGGGAGAGGUUGGUGGACCAAAGAAUGAACCUCUAAGGUGGGGGAGUUCCGGUGAGAAGGGGGAUUGGAGUUAUAAUGGAAGGAAAGACAAUUCGAGUUUGGGAAACCAUUCAAGAGUUUAUCUCGAACAAGUGUCAGGAAUGGCUGCUAGACACAAGACCGAAGCUGAACAGCUCGCUGGCAUGUUAGCUAUACAUGAUGAAUUUACUCGGCAAUGGAAAGAAUCAAAAGUCUACGCCAGUCAAGAAGGUUGGAUCAAAAGCACAAUCUUUCCACUGAAGUUGGUGGUGGAUUCUGCAAUAUUUAUGGGUAUCGGGUCGAUUGCAGGUGACCCGGAGAGUUCUUGGAAAUAUGACCAUGAGUACUCUGUCUACAGGGUGGGGCGGCCAACAGACAAUCUUAUACGAAUGACUCAGGUCGUUGCUUUUGAGUGUUGGAUUGAUAUCUUAAGACAGAAAUUUGAUAUUCCAGCUAGUAAAGUUUACUUCCAGGAACCGGAAUUCAUCGAUAUUGAAAAGAAGUUCAUUACUUCCCUUGGUCAUACAGUAAUAGAACAUCCUCAAGCAUAUAAAAUACUCACACGGAGAACAUUUCUUUGUUCUUCUUAUUUAUUUAAAAAUAUUGUGGCGGAUUGCUUUAAGGCUGCUAUGCCGGAUUUGGCUGUUUUGUCACCGCUAUGGGUCGAUAGCUGGAUUACAUCUUAUGGUGACCUUAUCGUGGGGGUGGGGGUUGAGAUACCUCCCGAUAGAGUCAACGAUCAUGCCAGGAUGAAGCGGACUAUUCGCCGGUACGUCAAGUCACAUCUUCACAAAAAACAAGGCCCGUUUAUUAAGAAUGAAGAUCGCCUAUGGACUAAAGAGUUCUGGACUGUAGAACGACCGAUGGAUGAUUGGUUACAAAACUCGGAGUGGUACUGGUCGCCAGAUGAUAUAAGUGUGAUAGGGGAUAUUGGUCAACCAAUUCAUGUAGACGAGUGGGUCUUCAUGCCUGGACCAUACGGUAUGAAGGAUACCUUCGGAGGAGGGGAUAAGUAUGUAGAGUCUCGAUUAAAAGAAAUCCAGAAACAGUGGGAGGACCCGCCAGACGUUAUAACCAGUGGAUCCUCCGAGUCUGAAUAUGAAGAAAAGGAAAAGGGAAACGAAGAUGAGGAACAAAAACCGGAAGAACUGUCGACAUCUUCAAAAUUCAUCGUCAGUCCACCUUCUCUUCAAGGCAGAUCUUGUAAUACGAGAAGGCGAAUACAACAUCCACGCAAGUUGCGAGCAUAUCGCAUUGAUAGCCUGGGAAGCUUCUGA